CCACCACCACGAGGGGACACAACUACAACCUCACCAAGUACAGUGUGCAGAAUGAAAAUAAGGAAAUAUAUACCUUCACACAGUAGGUGAUAGGCCUAUGGAACAGUGACCAGCUCAAGCUGUGGCAACGAGAAUAGUCCUGGGUAAGACUAUCAAGAACAGAGGAAGGAUCCUGCACAGGCCACUGGCCUCCUUCAUCAGGCAUGGCCACCUCUAGUGAUUGGCCAAGGUCACGUGACCUCUAGGUAAGACGACAGAUUAGAGGAGUGUGAGAGCGCGUGGUACAGCCCCAACAUUGGUAGUGGUAAACAAACGUGGCGUCAUAAGGGUGGACCAGAUAACACAACACACCUCCUCUACAUUGCCUAACGUUAACAUGGUGAAGUUUGUGGCUUCUAGAUGAUUCAAGAAUCUCAGGCGUCAAUAUAUAUCAGCUCGAGGAUAGAGAGGGGAGGUAUUUAUCACAGGGACAAAUGGUUUUCUUGUGAGUUUACCUCUAUCACCUUUGAAGAUGAUGGAAAUUGUGGAGUAAAACAGUACAGGAGGAUCACAAUGACAUUUUUCUUGUGGUGUUGCAGAGAAUGAGUCACAAUGAUUAGGAGGUGGUUGCUUGAACAUCCAGCCGUGGUCACUGGUGUUGUCUUAGGUGUAGGAAGCAUAGGACUGCUACUCUUACAUCAUAAAUCCAUCACCCAGACGGUGCGCUUGUGGAGGAUGCUGAGGUCAUUAAGGACAACAGAGAAGAGUGUUCAGGUGGUGACCAGUGAGGAUGGCUGGGCCAGGGUGAUGCCAUUGUUGUACAGGGAAGCACAACAAGAUGGUGCCGUGGGCUUUGACUGUGAGUGGGUGCAGGUGAGAGGACGACGCCGUCCCGUGGCUCUCCUCCAGCUGGCCUCCUGCUCUGGCUUGUGUGUCCUGGUGCGACUCUCACACAUGAAGCCUAAUUUUCCUCACACUCUCAGAACUCUGUUGGAGGACAAGACUAUUUUAAAAGUGGGUGUUGCCCCCCUUGAGGACAGCAACUAUCUGGCUGCAGAUUAUAACCUUAAGGUACGGGGGUGUGUGGACCUGCGAUACCUUGUGCUGCAGUGUCACAAAUCAGAGUUGUGUGGUGAGGAGGACACACUUGAUGGAGACAAGCUGCCUGGUGGUAUGGGACUCAAUGCUCUCUCUCAGAAGUACCUCGGUCACUCCCUGGACAAAGACUGGCGAGUGCGGGCAAGUGACUGGGAAGCCGACGUAUUGACCAAGAGACAGGAGAAGUAUGCUGCCGAGGACGCCCUGGUUGGUGUUCACAUCUUGGUGACACUGAUGAAGAGACUUUGGGUAACAUCCUCCCUGUUACUUCCCUUCCUGCCUCCAACACUGUGGUGCCACCACCUGGCCUCAGCCAUCCACCACGCUUGUCAAACAUUCACUGAUGUCAGGUUCUCAUCCUCCAGCAAACAACUUGAUGCAGGACCUACAUCUACUGGUCGACCAGCUCCUGUGAGAAUAAAACCUUCCUCCCGGGCAUACUCCACACGUAAAGGUCCACUGUAUCACAACUGUCAACUGACAGCCCCUGAUGGUGAGUCUCUCUGUACCUGUGACCCAAAGAAAGCUCAUUGGUAUAUAGAAAAGGGUCUUGGGGUUUUGGUGAGUGAAGAUCCACUUGUUGUGCGUCUUAAUUUUGAACCUUCUGGCCGUCCACAAAUUGAAAGGGAAGAUGGGAAGUUUUACCUUCAGGAGAGACACAAUGUUUGUGUAGUGUGUGGUACGGGAGAAUCAUACAUCAGAAAGAAUGUUGUACCUCAUGAAUAUCGCAAACAUUUUCCUGACAUCCUAAAAGAUCACCAGAGCCAUGAUGUUGUUCUACUGUGUCUUGAAUGUCACAGACAAAGCACUUUGCAUGACACUGUUCUCAGAAAUAUGUUAGCUAAAGAAUUUGAUGCCCCCAUUGGCACUGAACGGGAUGUAAAAGUCACCAUUGAUCCUUAUCGUAAGAUUGUUAAGAAUGCCGCUGGAGCCUUGUUGAGGAGUCGUGCAAAGAUUCCGCACAAGCGAGUGAUAGAACUUGAGGAUGUUGUCAAGAAUUACUUUAAUGUUGAGGAGGUAAAUGAGAAACAUCUCCACGAUGCAGCUAACAUGGAUGUGAAAAACUGGAAUGAGGGUUAUCAAGCUCAUGGCCAAAAAGUUUAUGAAGCUUAUGAGAAGAUUGGGCUGGUGAAGCUUGAGCAGAGGUGGAGGCAGCAUUUCCUGGACAUCAUGAAGCCUCAGUUUAUGCCUAACUGUUGGUCAGUUACUCACAACACGUACAAGAUGAAACUCAAGAUGAGUCAAUACCCAUUGGACCAUCCUGAACGACUCAAGUAUAAAGUUAUUCUUGUCGGUUUAGAAGGCAAUAUUGACAUCCCAUAUGGUCCCCAGCCUAGCAGAGAAGUUACUCCAGUACACUCCACUCACAACAACAGAGAUAAAAGUCCAGAAAGUUUAGUGCCUUAUUCCUCAUUACACUGUGAGAGUGGAAGCACCCUGGAGACAAAAGGAAUGAGAGAACUUGAGUCUUCAGCUCCAAAAAUAAUUGUUAUAGAAGAAACUUUCUCAAUUACCAAUGAAAAUAUAAUUCUUCAUACUAACAAAGAAAAUUCAGAUAGUACAGAUGCCAAGUUGUGUAAGUUAGGAUGUAUGGAUUCAGUUAUCAAUGAAAGUGUAAAUACAAAUUUUGUGACAACGGUGAAUCAAAUUGACGAGGGUUGUAAAGAUAAUGAAAGUACUAGCAGUAUUAUCAACACAUUAUCCUCUGGGGAAACAGAUAUUGCCAACAAAAAUAUUGAUGCAUUAAAAAGUGGUGAUACUGACAAUACCGGUGAGGUUAUAGAAAACAGUCUACCGGUACGUUGUGGUGUAAAAGUCGAAGAUGAUGAACGUAAAAGUUUCAUGUCUGGUGAACUCUUAGAGAAUUUUGACCCACAGGACUUGGAUAUAGGUGAUGCUCCUCUUGAUGUAGUAUUUCAAAGAAUGACUAAGAAAAAGACAGAUGUUGAUAUGAGUGUGUAUCAUGACUCUAAAGUUGAAAGGAUUCAGACAACCAACUCUGUCUUUGACAUUUUGUGUGAAGAUGUUAAAGCUCGUGGAGAAGUGCUGACACAUCACAGCUCUGACUACACACAGUGAUAGUAGGCGGCCAGCCUGUUCAUGUAUGAAACCCUUAAAACAACUGCUUAACAAGCCAUACCAGUAGUUCAGUUACUAGUUACUUCAAAUACUGACACAAUUAACAGGUUCACAUAACAACUUCCAGGUAUUUGACCAUACAGUAUAAACCCCUACUUAUGAAAAAUUCUUUACACAUUAUGAAUUUUUGAACGAGUAGAAAUAUUGUUAAAAUUUCUGGGGGGCAGGGGUUUUUAUCUUCCCAUAAAUAUUCCCUUACUAAAAUAGCCUAACCAAACUAACCCCCCCCCCUCCCAUUUAGCAUUAGGGUGUAAAAUCAAUAAGCUGGGCUCCAGGAUAUGUGGUGAUAAUGAAAAAAUUGGUUGACACUGGAUGUGGACUAUUGAAAUUUAGAAGAGGCAAAGUGCACAGGAAAAGACCAGAUCACAUUGAUGGCAAGGUUGUAAUGUGUGUGCCUCUCACUAUUGUGUCCCACGUUCAAUCCCUGAACAGAUGUGGGAAAGGUGUUAUCUAUUGUAUAUACUAACACCAAACAAUAAAGGUCAUAGCAAAGAACAGAUCAACCACCCAAAUGGCUUGUGCAGUAUGCUGCUAAGUGUUGAAAUGAUAAGUACAGUCUCUCCUCUACUUACGACCGGGUUCCGUCCCGACGACCAGGUCGUAAGUCGAAAAGGCAAAAAUAUUACAUAGAAAUUCUAAAAUGGGUCUCUCU